AUGGAAGCAAGGCAGGCCGCCAGCUCCGGGGAGGGGACAGCGAGACCCCCACCAGGGACAUCGGCCGUGCUCAGUGACUCGGGCCGGGAAGGGAAGGGGCCGGGCGGAGCGGGGCGCGGCAGUGACUCGGGCCGGGAAGGGAAGGGGCCGGGCGGAGCGGGGCGCGGCAGUGACUCGGGCCGGGAAGGGAAGGGGCCGGGCGGAGCGGGGCGCGGCAGUGACUCGGGCCGGGAAGGGAAGGGGCCGGGCGGAGCGGGGCGCGGCAGUGACUCGGGCCGGGAAGGGAAGGGGCCGGGCGGAGCGGGGCGCGGCAGUGACUCGGGCCGGGAAGGGAAGGGGCCGGGCGGAGCGGGGCGCGGCAGUGACUCGGGCCGGGAAGGGAAGGGGCCGGGCGGAGCGGGGCGCGGCAGUGACUCGGGCCGGGAAGGGAAGGGGCCGGGCGGAGCGGGGCGCGGCAGUGACUCGGGCCGGGAAGGGAAGGGGCCGGGCGGAGCGGGGCGCGGCAGUGACUCGGGCCGGGAAGGGAAGGGGCCGGGCGGAGCGGGGCGCGGCAGUGACUCGGGCCGGGAAGGGAAGGGGCCGGGCGGAGCGGGGCGCGGCAGUGACUCGGGCCGGGAAGGGAAGGGGCCGGGCGGAGCGGGGCGCGGCAGUGACUCGGGCCGGGAAGGGAAGGGGCCGGGCGGAGCGGGGCGCGGCAGUGACUCGGGCCGGGAAGGGAAGGGGCCGGGCGGAGCGGGGCGCGGCAGUGACUCGGGCCGGGAAGGGAAGGGGCCGGGCGGAGCGGGGCGCGGCAGUGACUCGGGCCGGGAAGGGAAGGGGCCGGGCGGAGCGGGGCGCGGCAGUGACUCGGGCCGGGAAGGGAAGGGGCCGGGCGGAGCGGGGCGCGGCAGUGACUCGGGCCGGGAAGGGAAGGGGCCGGGCGGAGCGGGGCGCGGCAGUGACUCGGGCCGGGAAGGGAAGGGGCCGGGCGGAGCGGGGCGCGGCAGUGACUCGGGCCGGGAAGGGAAGGGGCCGGGCGGAGCGGGGCGCGGCAGUGACUCGGGCCGGGAAGGGAAGGGGCCGGGCGGAGCGGGGCGCGGCAGUGACUCGGGCCGGGAAGGGAAGGGGCCGGGCGGAGCGGGGCGCGGCAGUGACUCGGGCCGGGAAGGGAAGGGGCCGGGCGGAGCGGGGCGCGGCAGUGACUCGGGCCGGGAAGGGAAGGUGCAGUCCGAUCUUUCAGAUCUUUCUGGAAAUGGGUCAAAGGCUUUGGGGGGCUUGGGUGGUCUUAAUCCCCCUGUACAGUCCAUGACAACUUCCUGGUUUCAUCAUUCCAGUGCUUAA